CAUGCGGUGGAAGGUGGUACAUCGUCGGUAUUUCUGUCGGCAUCAGGGAUUACGCGCUUGGCAGACUACGGACCGCAAGCAGUUUAUGAGCGACCUGUGCCAGAGUAUCAGCAAGUGUAUGAGCGACUUUGAUCCAGACAUGAGCAUGACCUACGCGUUUGUGGGCGUUGACCGACCAGAAGAUGAUCGACUUUCAUCACGACUGCAGUGUAAGCCCUGAAGCGAUCGAGCACGGGCUGGCUGAUCUCCAGCAUGAGGUUGACGACUGGGAGAUGGUGGAGCAGAAGAUCCUGCGCGGCUCAACCCUUCCAUUCAUCCUAUCGUUGCACUUUGAGAGCCUGCAUGGAACACCGACAAACGGGCAUUUCUGUAUUGUCGACUUGAACUUUGUUGACUGGUCGCCACUGGAAAUACCCCGUGCAAAUGAGCAGCCGAGCGACCCGAUGUCAUCAUUGCGCCUUCAGCAAUCAACACGGCCGCUCACCAACCUGAUCCACCUGUUAGCCAACGGUACAAUCCUUACAGGUGCUACAGUCCAGAGCAACCCGCUUGUGGAUUUGACCGGCGAAUUUUUGUACGGCGAGAGCAAGACAGCGUUUGCGAUGUAUGUGAGUUCAGACGAGUCGCCCAACGGCAGUCUAGAGUCGACCAUUGAAUUGAUCGCAUCGUUGCGGCGUCUCAAGAGCCGCGAGAUCAUCCGACCUGUGGAUCGCCGCGUACUGUUCUUUUACGAAAAGGCAAAGUACUACCAGUCGGAGAAAUAUCGGUUCCAGGAUGAGCUCGCCGACACACAGGAUGAGAAGGAGGCUCUGGAAAAGGACCUGGAUGAUAUCCAGCGUGAUUACAGCGACGAGAGGGAAGCGCUGGUAAAGGAAGUUUCCCAUUGGCAGGAGCGCAGCAGGACACUGGAGGAAACGCUCGACCAGUUGCGGUCUGAGAACGAGGGAAUGGAGGCAGAUGCACGGUGGGAGAACGCAAAGCUGGUCACAGAGAAGCUGGCGCUGCGCUGACGAGAUCAGGCGGCGCGAGAUCGAACUGACACUGAGCGAGGACGAAAAGUCCCGGCUGCUGGACCUCACCUGAGGCGCUGC